UCUAGGAUCUAGACCUAGCUUGUACGCUCAGUUUCUUCCAACGCAGAGCUGACCGCCACCGGCUCCUUUUCAGAGUGAAAUCAUGAAGGUAGUGAACUUGAAGCAAGCCAUUUCGCAAGCCUGGAAGGAGCGAUGGAGUGACUACCAGCAGGCAAUCAACAUGAAGAAAUUCUUUUCCAAAGGAGCCACCUGGGACAUUCUCAACCUAGCAGAAGCACUACUGGAGCAGGCCAUGACUGGACCUUCCCCCAAUCCUCUCGUCCUGUCCUACCUGAAGUAUACCAUUAGUUCCCAGAUGGUGUCCUACUCCUCUGUCCUCACAGCUAUCAGUAAGUUUGAUGACUUUUCCCAGGACUUAUGUGUCCAAGCUUUGUUGGAUAUCAUGGACAUGUUUUGUGACCGACUGAGCUGUCAUGGCAAAGCCGAGGAGUGCAUCAGGCUGUGACGGGCCCUUCUCAGCGUCCUCCACUGGCUGCUGCGCUGCACUGCAGCCUCUGCGGAGCGGCUCUGGGAGGGGCUGGAGGCCGGCAUUCCAGCCGCGGGGGAGAAGCAGCUUGCCAUGUGCCUUCUGCGCCUGGAGAAGACCCUCAGCAGCACCAAGAAUCAAGCCCUGCUCCACAUCGCCAAACUAGACGAGUCCUCCUCCUGGACUGCCAUUGAGCAUUCUCUCUUGAAGCUUGGGGAGAUCCUGGCCAAUCUCAGCAACCCCCAGCUCCGGAGCCAGGCUGAGCAGUGUGGCACGCUUAUUAGGAGCAUCCCCACGAUGCUGGCUGUACACUCGGAGCAGCUGCACAAGACGGGCUACCCCACAGUCCAUGCGGUGGUCCUGCUCAAGGGCACCAUGAACCUGACAGGCGAGACAAAGCCCCUGGUGGAACAGCUGAUGAUGGUGAAGCGCAUGCAGCAUAUUCCCACCCCACUUUUUGUCCUGGAAAUCUGGAAGGCUUGCUUCAUGGGGCUCAUUGAGUCUCCCGAGGGUACAGAGGAGCUCAAGUGGACAGCUUUCACCUUCCUCAAGAUCCCACAGGUGUUGGUGAAGUUAAAGAAACACUGUCACGGGGACAAGGACUUUACCGAGGACGUCAGCUGUGCUUUCGAGUUCCUGCUGAAGCUCACACCCUUGCUGGACAAAGCUGACCAGCGCUGCAACUGUGACUGUACAAAAUUCCUACUCCAAGAAUGUAGCAAGCAGGGGCUUCUGUCUGAAGCCAGUGUGACCAACCUCAUGGCCAAGUGCUCAGCAGACCGGGAGCAUGCACCCCAGCUGAAAUCAGGAGAAAAUGCCAACAUCCAGCCCAAUCCUGGGCUCAUCCUCCGGGCAGAGCCCACUGUCACAAAUAUCCUCAAGACGAUGGAUGCAGACCACUCCAAGUCCCCAGAGGGCCUCCUAGGAGUCCUGGGCCACAUGCUGUCGGGGAAGAGUCUGGAUCUGCUGCUGGCCGCUGUUGCCGCCACUGGGAAGCUUAAAUCCUUCGCCCGGAAAUUCAUCAAUUUGAAUGAAUUCACAACACAGAGCAAUGAAGAACUCACCAAAGCAGCCUCCGUUCGCGCCUUGCUCUUCAACAUCUCCUUCCUCAUGUUGUGCCACGUGGCUCAGACCUAUGGUUCAGAGGUGAUUCUGUCCGAGUCAAGCACAGGAGCACAGGUGCCCUUCUUUGAGACGUGGAUGCAGACUUGCAUGCCCGAGGAGGGCAAAAUCCUGAACCCUGACCACCCCUGCUUCUGGCCUGACUCCACCAAAGUGGAGUCCUUGGUGGCCUUGCUCAACAACUCCUCGGAGAUGAAGUUGGUGCAGAUGAAGGGGCACGAAGACAGCAUUUCAGCGGCCAUCUUGGAAAUCCUCAGUGCCUGGGAGAAUGGGGUACUGGCCUUCGAGUCCAUCCAGAAAAUCACAGAUAAUAUCAAGGAGAAGGUGUGCAGUCUGGCAGUGUGUGCUGUGGCUUGGCUUGUGGCCCAGGUGCGGAUGCUGGGUCUGGAUGAGCGCGAGAAGUCACUGCAGAUGAUCUGCCAGCUGGCAGGGCCGCUGUACAGUUAGAACACGCUGCAGUUCUACAGUGAGAGGGUGGUGAUCAUGAGCUCGAUCCUGGAGCACAUGUGUGCCUAUGUGCUGCAGCAGACGGCCACCCAGAUCAAGUUCCCGUCCAUGGGUGUGGACACAAUGCCCUACUGGAACCUGCUGCCUCCCAAGCGACCCAUCAAGGAGGUGCUGACGGACAUAGUCGCCAAGGUGCUAGAGAAGGGGUGGGUGGUCAGCCGCUCCAUCCACAUCUUUGAUACCCUGCUGCACAUGGGAGGCGUCUACUGGUUCUGCAACAACCUCAUUAAGGAGCUGCUGAAGGAGACGUGGAAUUGUGUGGAUUGCCUGGAGCAGGGCAGCCGAGGCAGCAUCCUGCAGUUCAUGCCCUUCAUCACCGUAUCGGAACUGGUGAAGGUGUCAGCCAUGUCCAGCCCCAAGGUGGUUCUGGCCAUCACGGACCUCAGUCUGUCCCUGGGCCGCCAGGUGGCUGCCAAGGCCAUUGCUGCGCUCUGA